UCAAACCCUACCGGCUCCUUCUCUCUCAUGAACCUUUGUGGGAGAGUCAUAUUUGAUGGUUCAAACUUUAAUGAUUGGAUCAGGAACAUCAGGAUGGUCACACGUUACAAGGACAAGGAAUAUGUCCUCGACAAGGAGCUGAAAGAAAUUGAUGAGUCUACUGCUACUCCAGAGGAGAUCGCUGACUUUAGGGCACACGAGAGAGAUGCUACCAAGGUGGCAUGUAUCAUGUUGGCCACAAUGAAAGCUGAACUCCAGAAGUCCUAUGAGGACUUUUACCCUUUUGAGAUGCACAUGGACCUGAUGGACCGCUACCAUCAAAGUGCUCAUCAAGAGAGGUAUGAAAUCAUCUCUUCCAUGAUAACAACCCGAAUGAAGGAUGGUGAACCCAUCACGGGCCACAUGCAGAAAAUGCAAAGGUUUGUGGACCGUUUGCUCAAGUUGAAUGUGAACUUCCUCGAGGAGUUGGCUAUUGAUAUCAUAAUGCACUCCUUACCUACUUGUUAUGAUCAAUUACGAAUGACAUAUCACAUGAACAAGGAGGAGGUCACACUUACAAAACUUCAAGGGCUUUUGAAGACCGCUGAAACUGGUCUUAAAGGUAAAUCGGUUGUUACCACUCCUACUCCUACCGCCGCCCCUGUUCUGGAAAUCGGGAAAAGUAGAGGGAAGAAGAGGAAGACCCCUUCGAAGGGUACCAAGGGAAAGUCUCUUGAUGGCUCCUCUUCCAGUGGAACCAAAGUUGGUUCUGUCACUCCUUCUUCCAACCCAAAGGAAGCUGAAUGCUUCUAUUGUCAUGAUAAGGGGCACUGGAAACGAAACUGACCCAAGUACCUGCAAGAUGUUAAGGAUGGGAAGGUCAAACCUACCCAUGCAGGGCCUAAGAAGAAGUGAGGAUGUGGAGCACGGAAAGAUAAACUUGAUCAUGGGGAAUAAGAAAGCUUCACCUGUCACCAAGAUUGGAGUUUAUUCUUUGUUGCUAAGUAGUGGAGUAGUGGGGGAUGGGGCUCAAACGAGGUUCUGGAAGGAUGUUUGGUGCUCAAACAUUCCUCUUAGGGAGCAGUUUGGGAGACUCUUUGCUUUGGCCGUUAAUCAAGAUGCUCGGGUUAGUGAUUAUUGGUCUUCGGGGGGUUGGAAUUUCCAUUGGCGUCGGGGGAUUAGAGGAGGGGUUGAAUUGACCCAAUUUGAUGAUCUUGUGGAGAUUUUAAAUCUUAUUCGUAUAGGGAGGUUCCGGAUAAGUGGUCUUGGCAGCUUGAUUCGUCAGCGUGUGCUUUUGGAUCGCAUUCCGGUUAGAGCUAAAUUGGUGGAAAGAGGGGUGGUGAUAGAUUCCUUAUUGUGUCCCAUGUGUCAUAAUUCUCAUGAAAGUGUGAAUCAUUUGUUGUUGCAAUGUUCGGUUGCCGAUCAGGUUUGGAAUCGGGUUGAGCAUUGGCUUCACCUGGACCUUCCUGAUUUUUCUUCUAUCCGUGACAUGGUGGAUUGGGUGGAUUCUAGACUGACGGUUCAUAUGGAGCGCUCGAUUGUAGAGUCGGUAUUCAUGGUGGUCAUAUGA